AUUCAUCUUGAAUACUCCCGCAUCGCGCAUAUAUUCGAGAGAAUCAUGCGAUUCAGCUAUCAUCUCCACAGGCCAUCACCCUCUGAGACCUCCGAACGUCUCUCGAUAUCAGCGGAGCUCUACAGACUGAGGCAGACUAUUAGUCAAGACCAUCAUGGUGCCGGACGAUCAGACAAACCUAUUCCAAACGAAUCGACGAUUCUGUCAGCCCGAAGCUGAGAAUAAUCAUGGCAUAUUAUUCAUACAGGAAGCCGUCGUUUCUGACCUACGUUGGUUAUAUGGUCUGAAGUUGGUGAACAAGUCGGACCAAGAUCUGUUCCCAUAUGUGUUCUAUUUCGAUCCCAGCGAAUACAGCAUCGAGCUAUGGUACUAUCCUCCCUCCGCCACAAAGCCCCCGCCUCUCAAAGCGGAUGGCAGCUUAGAGGUUGGGUAUGGAGAACAUGGAAAUGGUGCAAGCAUCAAGCUGAGCGUCCCAGAAGGCAUGCACACGGAUUCGGGAUUCAUUAAGGUUUUCGUGUCCACUAAGUACGUGGACAUGCAGCCUAUCGCGCAGCCAUCUUCCUUGCACGAUGCGAACCCGCCUUCUACGUAUGGUCGCGGAGCGGCGAUGGCUUUCGCAGGGCCUGUGGGUGCAGAUUUGGAUCAAGCAAGCUGGAAUGUCAGCACGUAUAUACUGACAGCUACCACUCUGAUGUGA